AUGUGCCGCAAACAAAAAGUGUGUGUCGGUGUGCCAGUCAGCCAGAGCACCGGGCCCCAUCUGCACGCCUCUCUCUCUCUCUCUCUCCGGUUCCCUUCGACCGCCAGCCUCUCUCCACCCCGCUCGGUCACACUGCCAGUGAGUUCUGCAGCAGCAGCAGCAGCAGCAGCGGCGGCGGCAUCACUUCCAGCCCACCGGGGGGGAAAUGUACUGAUAGCACGGAGGCAGACCGGGAGCGCAUCAGCCUCGUCCAUCCUCCAUCACCUUCCUCCAUCAGCACACAGAGCUCGCUCGCUUCUUUCCGGGGCUUUUUUCCCCCUCCUUUCUUGUUUAUUGGUGGGUUUUUUGAUUCGCUGCAUCGCUCUCAAGUCGCUUGUGGAUUAUUGUUCCUCCUCAUCGACGGAAAGUGAAAUGGAGGAGUCCAGCUCCCAGAAGUUGGUGUGGGAUGGGGACGCCAAAGCGGUGCAGCAGUGUCUCACGGACAUCUUCACCAGCGUCUACACGACGUGCGACAUCCCGGAGAACGCCAUCUUCGGGCCUUGCGUGCUGAGCCACACGUCGCUGUACGACAGCAUCGCCUUCAUCGCGCUCAAAUCCACCGACAAACGCACAGCACCGUACAUCUUCAGGGUGGACACGUCGGCGGCCAACAGCACCUCGGAGGGCCUGAUGUGGCUGCGGCUGGUCCAGUCAGCCCGGGACAAAGAGGAGCAGAACCUGGAGGCCUACGUGAAGAACGGCCAGCUCUUCUACCGCUCGCUGCGCCGGAUCGAGAAGGAUGAGGAGCUGCUGGUGUGGUACGGGAAAGACCUCAUCGACCUGCUGCUGCUCAGCUCCAGCAGAGCACCGGCCAAGAGCAAAGGUUCGUCCCACCACUCCUGUCCGGACUGCAGCCAGCGGUUCCAGUUCGAGUUCCCGUUCUUGGCCCACCUCCGGUUCCGCUGCACCAAGAGACUGCAGGGUAUCACCGGCGCCGACGAGGAGUCCAGCAAAGAGAGCAGCACAGAGCGACCAAACACGACCCCGACCAGGACCAGCCCGAAGCUGGGCCGCUCCGAAGGCUUCGCCAGUCCUCAGGACACCAACAAACCAUCUACGGACUUUCACAACCUGGCCCGGGAUCUAGAGAACAACCGGACCAGUCCACCCAGCGACAAGGAGGCCGAGAUCUGCAGCGAGAGCUCGGGGAAGAGGAAGUUCUCGGAAAUAGAGGACAGGGAGUGCCGGGCACCCGGCCUCCCGCAGGCCAAGUCGAAAGACGAGCUUGCGACUUCGGCGCAGAACUACCGAGGAGUGUACGGCCUGGAGGAGAACCACCGGUCCUUCUCGCCGCCGGGCUCCACGGAACACAGCGAGACCAAACGCAGCGCCUUCACCGAGGUCAAGAAGUCGGGCCUAAAACACCAUGGCGGCAGCAAAAACCUCCAGAGCUCCAACUCUGAAAACAAAGAUGGAGGCCGUCCGAGCAGCAACCCCUCAGAGAAGCACCUGAACAUCCGGCAGGUUCUGUCGGAGACCCAGCCGCCGCAGACCUCGCCCAUGGGCAGCGCCUUCACCUCCGUUGGUCAGCAGGGCAGCGGCGAGAGGAAGAGCGCCUUCAGCCAGCCGUCGCGCUCCUUCUCCCAGGUGUCGCCGCUGGUGAUGCCGCCCAAGCUGCUGGACUGCCACCCGGCAGUGGGCGACACCAUCUCGUCCAACAGACUCUACCAGGCCGACCACCUCGCCGCCAAGCUGCAGGGCGCCGAGCUGGGCGCCAACUGUCCCGUGCCGGGCGGCGUGGCCAAGCAGAACCCCUUCGUCUACGCCACCGCCUUCUGGCCCAAGAACUCCGGACCUAUCCAGCUCCAGAUGCCGUCGGCGCUCACCCUGCUGCCGCCCUCCUUCACCUCGCUCUGUCUGCCGGCUCAGAACUGGUGCGCCAAGUGCAACGCCUCCUUCCGCAUGACCUCGGACUUGGUUUACCACAUGCGAUCCCACCACAAAAAGGAGUACUCCAUGGAGCCUCUGGUCAAGCGGCGGCGCGAGGAGAAACUCAAGUGCCCCAUAUGCAACGAGUCCUUCCGGGAGCGGCAUCACCUGUCACGUCACAUGACCUCCCAUAACUGACUUUUAAAGACUAACAGCGGAGGGACUUUAAUUUAAGGAGGGAUUUGCCUGGAUUUAAACGCUCCGACCGGAGAUCGGCCACUUAAAGACACUAAAACACCCCCUUGCACUUGUUUUCACUUUGGACUACGAAUUCCUUUUUUUCGGUCUGUUUUCUCCCCCUGUACAAAAAUGUCAUGUUUUGGGUGUAUGCAAAUGCGUUUUGACUUCAAAAAUGAAUCUAUUUAUUGAAGCACUUAAAAAGUUUGAGAAUAAGGGAAGAUUUAAAUAUGUGUAAAUGUACAGUAAGUUGUAUUUUAUAUCAUAUAAAUGCAAAUAUAGAGAAGAAUUACAAAUGUAGUCACACGUCAUGGUUUACAACGCGGCAAGUUUUUUUCAUGUCUACGAUGAAUAUGGACACAAAUUCGGGGGAUAUUAUGUCAGACUAUAUUUCAGAGUGCAUGUAAUAUGAAAUAAUAUUGAUUUAAGAUGCAGUCUAUACAUUACCAUGUACAUAAUUUGUUUUAUUUGAAAUACAAAGUGUAAUAUUUUGUGUCAGUGGGGAAUAGUUUCAGUGUUUCUUCCUUUUGCGGAAAUUUACUACUUGAUAGUUUAUCUAAUCAUGUUGAAUGCAUUGACAAUAAAAUAGCUUUAUUUUCAA